GGGUGAUAUUACUGAGCAAACUCGAGAAUUCCAAGAUUGUUAACUGGUAGUACAGUGUGCACUUAUGUUGGAAGUAUUUGUCUCAGCAGAUGUCAACUCAAUGGCGCGGUAUGUUUCAUCCGUUUACGGAACUUAAACUCGCUGUGUSGACCAACGUGCAGUAAACAUGUGUAAUUGUUCUUACACGGUUUGAUACAUAAACAUCGAUGAACUAUAUGACGAUAUAAAUUUCGUGGGUUAAACGGAUAGGAUGAAGGCAGAGAAAGAAUUCUAUUUCAAGACAUAUUCGACGUCAUUUAAAAGAUGCCACUCGAUACGAAUUGUGAAAUAAUCUCAACAAAGAAUUGCUUCUGAUCUGUCAUCUAUUGUAAAGCACGUACUAACUUGAAUUUUCCAAUGAUGAUAUCAUGGCCAACGGCGCUUUUCAAUAAAUAUCACUUAUUUAUCGUAUUCCGCAAACGCUUCACAAAAUACAGUUUUUAAUGUAAACCUAUCAAUAGCUCAGGACUGACUUGUUUUCAUUUGGAAACGCUGAUUUCUUUUUUAUAUUGUUAACCAUUGUUAUAUCAUUUUAAAAAUUAAAUAUAUACAAUUAAAUUGCCGUGAUUGGACAAUAAUUACAUAUUUUCUUUAACCUGAUUGGCUGAUCGUACUCUGGUUAAAAAUUCUACAUUGUUUCUGUGGUUAUAUUGACAAGAAACAGUAACGAAUUUCCCUAGCAACCUAGGCCUUAAAAUUCCUUGGCCCUGAAAACGCCUUUUUCAAAACUAAGAUACUUCAGUAAACUGGCCAAGAAUCAAGAAUGUCCUGUAACAUUUCUCGUUCAACGACGAAAAAGAACCAAGGUUCGACAAGGAUUCCUAGAGAACACAUACCGAGGGUGGACUUGAAAAUAAGUGAGUUAAAAGCAAUUAAGUACAAUAUMAAAGAAAGGAUACGUGUGCAGAAAUUUCCUAUUAGGAAUGCAACUCAGCGUCCAAAGUCUAURAAAGUGAACMAGGAAACUCCUUCAAGAGUAGGGACAACUAGUACCUUWUCAAGAAUAGCAUCAACUCGACCAAGUAGUUCAUCUACGAGGGGAAAAGAGCCUGCUGAUCUACAAAAUCUAGACAAUGUAACAAGACUUUUUAAAAGGAAUUUGUCAUGUAAAAUGAAAGAAACAGCAAACUCUGUUGAAGAAAAAGAAUCGUUUCAAGAUUAUGUCAAAAACUAUGCAAAUGUCAGAACCUUUGGAAGUCGAGCCAAAGGGGAAAAUGUACUCUUAGAACGGAGACGAAAAYUGAAAGAGAGCAAGAGCCAAAAUACAAAAAUUGCGUUGGACUUUACAUCGGAGGUUUUAAGCGAGAGAAGUGAGCCUCACCUACGCUGUUAUCCAGGGCCAAAAGCUGACCAUUUAUUCACUUAUACAAGAACAAAAACAAAACCUCGAAAAUUGAAACCAAUUGGGAUUAUUUCAAGGCACGAAGUAUGUCUCCCUCAUUUUACUCAUGAAAAGUUUCCUCGACCCGACCCACGAUAUCUCCAUAGCAACAGAACAGAGGACGAGGAAGAGAUUUUCAUUGACAUCCCAAGUUCAACCGCCUUUUGGGAGCAGUAUGUGCUAAGCUUAGUGUCCAAGAGUACAGCGCAGUGGAUCGCAAAUCAAUGUUCCUCUGGAGAAAAGAGAUAUCACUUGAUCCAGUUUCUCGAUGACAUGUAUAAGGUUGAUAUUGAGGAUGGAGCGAGUAGCGCGAGGAAAUUGCUGGAGAAUGAUGAUGAUUGUAUCACGACAAAGAAAUCACCAAGAUGAAUCGAAAAUGAUGUAAAAAGACAAAAAAUAACUAUGAAAGAAGCAAAGUGCAGCCUUUUGCUACAAAGCAUGAUAUGAUGGGAGGUCCCAUUCCAUUUUUUCCCACGUCAUUCUUCGUUUCACUACCGUUUUCUUGGCGCUUGACAACGUGUACUAUAUAUACGUACUUAUUCACAUUUGCCUAUUCAACGAAAUAAUACAGAAAAUAUUCAUAAAUGUACAUGUCAGUAAUUAAAAAAUGGAAUUUUGUAUUUAUUUUGCUGUCUAGCACCCACUUUGUACAAAAAUACAUUUACAUAAGAAUUACAAUGAUCAAAGACUGCAAUAAAAAAUUCACAAGCUUUACAUUACAAAGUAUUA